CGCGCACAGUGAGACUUGUAUGGCGUAUUUAGACGAAGUUUUUCUGUGAAAAAUUGUCCCAAUGAGUGUGAAUUUAUGGCGCCGAGAGUGUUUGUGCUCUGCAUUCUGUUUACAGUAGGAUUACUGGCGGGGCGGAGUGUAGGUGCGGCGGGGCUACAAUUGACUCUGGAGUUCACCCUGGAGCCCCAGGAUGUGGUGGCAGUACGCGGCAAGCCUCUAGUCCUGCAGUGUGCUGUCUCCAGUUCGGCGCCCGGACCGGUAAACAUCAGCUGGACUCAUGACGGUGAGGUCCUUCCGCUAGUCUCCGACUCCCGCCGACAUCUUCUGUCCAACGGCUCACUUUACUUUAAGAAGGUUUUGUGGAAACGCGGCGGUCCGCAACACGAAGGCUCCUCUGACCAGGGACUGUACCGCUGCGUGGCCCGCAACUCCGUGGGCGCUCUAGUCUCCCGAUCCGCUCAUCUUCGCGUCGCCAGUCUUUCCCACGACUUCUCCCAGACACCGUACAAUACAACCACGGAGGAGGACGACAUUGUUCGCUUCAUGUGCCAAAUCGAAUCUGUUCCGAAAGCUAUGAUUUCUUGGGAAAGAAAUGGAAAACCUCUACCUCAUAAUAGCAGGUAUUUUACGUUAGACUCAGGAGUUCUCUACAUAACCAAGGUGCAGCCUAGUGAUGCAGGUACUUAUAGGUGUAUGGCCACAAACUUGCUCACAAAAAAAUCCAGGUACAGCUCAGAGGGCCUGCUGGAAGUUUUACCCAGAUCUCAGAAUCCUCGCUCGCCUCAGUUCAUAUCAGUGACUAGUAGAACGGUAGAGGCACGAACGGGUGGAAAUGUGUCUUUGGAUUGUGCAGCUAGAGGCUCGCCGAUUCCAGAGCUGACUUGGACAUUCUUGCCACACAUUCCACGCAGCAAACUACGUCCGGUAACUAAUGCGAGCCAGAAUGGAGUGAAUGUGUUGACGUUGCAUCAGGUCACCCCUGAACAGACUGGAACCUAUACCUGCACAGCUGCAAGUGCUGGAACCGACAAACAAACUACCCCAGCCACACAGGUGGUGUCAGUUGAAGUAUUAGAGGCACCGACAUUUGUCAAGGUUCCAACUUCGCAGGUGUAUCUCACGGCAAAGACCGUGCGCUUUGAAUGCGAAGUUAAAGGGAACAAAACAACAGAAGUGGUAUGGCUGAAGAAUGGGAACAAGUUGCAAAUUAAUGGUCGAAUCAAGCAGCGACCGUCAGAAUUGGUGCUGUCAAACACUGUGACAGAUGACUCGGGGCUGUACCAGUGCAUGACCCGCAACAAAGUCGGCGAGAGUUGGGUAGCUGGGCGGCUGCUGGUGAACAUGUCCCGCUUCCAGCCGGAGCCGCCGCAGGGUCUGACCUGCCGCACGCUGUCUGACUCUCUGGUGAAGUUAGAGUGGCAGGAGCCUGCAAAGUCUGUGAACAAUAUCACUGCCUAUACAAUACAUUACCUUCCCACAGAUGGCGGUGAAGAGCGACAAGAAGUUUCAGUAAAUUGCUCUUUCCUGGUGCAAAAACUUGCAGCCUUUACAAAUUACACAUUUUAUGUGCGUGCCUAUAGUUCGAAAUCUGCCAGUGAUCAGUCAAAACGCACUAAUUGUCAGACUGGUGAAGGAGUUCCUGAAGCUGCACCACACGUGUUGCUAAAAGCCACCAGCCCCACUUCUCUCAGGGCUAUGUGGACACCCCUUAGUAAAGAGAAAGCUCAAGGUGUGGUAACCGAGUACAAGAUACAGUGGCGGAGAAAGGGUCAAGCAUCCUCUCGGGUUGAACAGGUGAAAGGUGACAUCACCGACUUCACUAUUACAGGGUUGCAUCCAGGCAAGAAGUAUCAGGUUCGGGUUCUUGCGGCCACGAGUAAGGGUUGGCCAGACCAGGCGGAAGAAUUUGAGUGGAAUGACAUGGAAACACCUAACUAUAGUCCACAAAAUGUUCCUCAGGCACCUACAGUACACUUGACUGUUGUCAACUCCACUUCCAUUGAGGUGACAUGGAGCCUUUCUUCUGAAAAUAAGUACAAGCCAAAUGGGUUCAGACUUUACUAUCGCAAACUGAACAAUGAAAAAUUUGGACCCAUUGAUCUGGAUGCCAAUACUACUCAGUACCUUUUGGGCAAUUUAGACGCAGACUCUUGGUAUGAAGUUACUGUACAAGGCUAUAAUAGAGAAGGUUCAGGCAUUCUUGGUUUAAAAGCCAUUCACACUCUUCCUGCCAGUGGAAGUGCUGACGUGACAGCCAAUCCUUUCAUGGGACUGGAACCCCCAACCAAUCUGGAGGCUGAACCUACAUCCCCCACUUCCAUUAAUCUAACGUGGACUCCGCCCCAGUCGGCUGUGAACGUCAGUUACUAUACUGUCUGUUACGGACUGGUUCAAAGUAGUCGUGCACUUAAUAGCUCCGUCUGCAACUAUGUAAGCAGCACAAGUCAGGGUGUGGAGAUCACUUCCUUGAAACCAUACACUUUGUACGAGUUCAAAGUGCGCGCACACGAUCACACCAACCAGUAUGGGCCGUACAGCCAGAAGGUUGAGUGUUACACCCUCGAAGAUGUUCCCAGUGCUGUGUUGGAUGUGCAGUGGAGAGUCCUCAAUUCAAGCACAGUGCGUGUAUCUUGGAAGGAACCACAACACACCAAUGGCAUGAUCAAGAACUACGAGAUAUCGUUUGUCCGGGGACUCAGUGGGUCACAGAAUUUAGACAGGAUAACUGUCACAAUUCCGGUGGUCUCGGCACCCGUCAUUUCCGGAAGUGAACAUCCGUCGCCAUCUCAUGAUCCAAAGACAGACCACAAUCUAGGUAUUGUGGUAGGUGUGGCUAUUGGAGUGGGGUGCAUUAUACUGUGCACCGUGGCUAUCGUGUGGCGAAGGCGCUGCAUCAAAUCUGCGUCCCCCGAGUGUAGCGGCACGGCUGCUCGGACCGCGUGCGUACCUGGAGGUCUGCACGCUAAUGGAAAUGGCUACUACAGGGAAUGGGACAGAUGCGCUGCGAGCCACACUUGCUCAAUGGCUGUUCCUUCAGAGAAUCAUGAGAUGGAUUAUUUUGCAACCGCUGUUACCACAAAUAUUCCUUGUGACAGUAAUACUGACCACUUGGAUACGAAGGGAGGCUACCCAAAUGGACAGGUGAAUGGUCUGAAGCAUCUGCUGCUUGCGAAUGGACAGAUUCCUAGUGGGCAGGCGUCCCGUGACAAAUGCAGCGUUCGCAUCAUAGAGAAUCCGCAGUUCGUUCGUGGAGGAAGUGUAGAUUCUCAGCAGAGGAAGCUGUUACCAGUGACAAGAUCCCAUAGUGGUCACUUGCACAGUGAUCAGAGGUCAGGCGCUGGCAGUGAAGAGGAGGUUCGGUUGCUGGCCGACCAUCACGCCCCUCUGCUCGCUCUUAGUGGGGAAGAAACACUUCAGCACAUUGAAACCAGCCACAGAGCAGUAGCAGCAACAGAUACCAGCUGUAUUGAUACGGGCAGAAUUGAGGAUGGUGGCGGAGAAGAUGUUGGAGCCAGUGACCUUGAACUCAAUACCACUCAGGUCAGUAAUUUGGACCUAAGUUUUGAUGGUGAUGUCCUUGUCAAAGAAGGCAAUGAAUGCAGUCACCAAAAUCAGGAGCAGCGUAACAGUCAGCAGCAUACCCCACAUCAUCAUCAUCAUCAGAACAAUAGUAGUCAUAAUAGUCAUAGCCAAGGCAAGCCACGCCUUCAUCACAUCGAUUGCAUUACGGGUACCACUACAACAAGAAGCCAGUUUUAUCCACCCCUUCUUCAACAGACUCCGUCAGCAGUGACGGCCAUGCCCCAGGCCGAAGUGUUCCACUGAAAAGCAGCAGCUCAUGCUUAGAACGGUCUGUUACGUAGUCAAUAACAAAAUGUUAUUGGAACUAUUUAAAAUGCUAUAAACAAGUAAUAAAAUAAAAGUAUGUUUCGGAUGGAUGCGGGUACAACUCAAUACUUUGUUUACUAGUAAUUGAGGUAAUUGGUGUAAUUAAACUACCUUAAUGUACUAUAUAUAAUUCACUGCUGCUAUUGAAACUGUAACUAUUGCAACUGCUAUUCACACCACCAUCAUCAACAUAACCACAAACGCCAUUGUCCUUACCAGUUCUACCACUCUCAUAACCCACAUACCUACAGGGUGUCCAAGACAUCACCAUACCUUUACACAUUUAUGGAUCCAGCAAACAGGUGCAUUUAUGUAAAUAUGUGUCAGGUGGGUCAAGAUGACUGCGUCAGAUACUUCUUCAUGCAGUCAAACAUGGUGGAACUUGGUAUUCCAGGUUCUGCUGUUUGUAUCGACUCGAGCGGCAAAUGUGCAGUCCUGACUUGAAAGCACCCAAUAACAGCUUGCGGAGAUUCAUUAAGCUUCAUUAGCUAGAGUCCAGGUGGCUGUGUUGUGGUAGCAUACUGCUAAGUCAUAAAGCCUCAGAGUUAAGUCUGGCCAGCAUCCAAAGAUUUAUAUCCUCUAUUAACUUACGAUCAAGAUUAGAAGUAAAGUCUCUGCAUAUUUUUUACAUCAGUGACAAAUUAUAUCGCGUGUAUGAUGUGUCUUCACCUCCGUAAGACUGCGGAUUCUGUCGUUAACUGAUGAAGGAGCUUCUGAUGCAUCCAGCCCUGUGCCAACCAUAGUGGAGAUCCAUAAACAGGUGUGGUGCUUCUCAGACACUUCCCCUCCUUACUGUCGUCACCGCCAAUACUUACUACGAGUAGUAGUAUAUAAUGUGUAUCUAUAAGAUGGUGUCUGUGAUGGUAAUGAUUGAAUUUGAAGAGUUUGAAAGUAUAUUUAUAUAAUGUGUGUUCAUCACCAGGGUCCCCCACUCACCUGCAAGUUUUAAAAUAUGACUAUGCUUGAAAUCGUAAUUAUUAAAAAAAAAGUUUUUAUUACAAAAUUCUUUGUCUUCAUUUGUGAUGAUAUGUAUCGGUCAUGACAUAUGUUUUUCUUGUGUUUUGUGGUUAGGAAUAAUUUUAAAUCCACGGUUAUUUCUACCGAAAAUGGUCGCCAUGUACAGUUCCUAUUAUUUUUAAUGUUCAGUAGCUGUUGUCACACAAACAGUGUUGGAAGCAGAGAACAUGGAAAUGUUAUGAUUGUAUAUUGCCGAUGAGUGGGAGCCCUAGACAAUUUUUUAACAGAUAUUUCACUCUCUUUUUGUUUGCAUUUGCAAGCAAAGAAGCUAUUGUAUAAACUUACUUAUAUGUAAGGAAGAGUGGCAGUGUUCAUGUAGCCAAAAUGAAUGUCUAAUGAUGGCCGGACGUCACUCGCCCAUUUGAUGGUGACAUUAUCUAUAAUUUAAAUUGUAGUUUCGUCUCACUCAAAAACUUGCUUUGGUCACCAAUGUCUUCUGAUAUCAGUUGUAUUUUUGAUGUACUAUUAUUUCUCUCACCCUUCUGUCCUCUGUUUUUGUAUCCAUCUGACAAAGGACAAAGUCAGAUGAGCUAGUGAACAGCCAUGGCCAUCAGGAAGUAUGAAGUAUAAAUGUCCCUUCUUCAUAUGUAUAUUUAUGAAAAUAGUUACACUUCUCUUCCCUCAGAAUAAUGUUAAAAAAAUUUAAAGGCUAGAACUUCUGUUCUUUUUUUUUAUGGUUAGUUUUUUUACGUAAAUGUGUCCAGGUUGUUUGUUGGCCAUGCAGGUAGCAGCUCAUCUCAUCCAUACACGCAUGGGACUGGGUUAUAAAUCUCAUGUGCCGGAAGUGUAUGUGUGUGUAUAGUGUUAAUGUUUUACAUAGGCAACUUCCCUUUCAUAUGCUGGUAUUUUCCUUAUGCUAUCCACUGCUGUAGCAGAAUAGAAGUAUAAACAGCCAAGGAGGGCUCACACUGCCCAUAUGUCAAGAGUAUAAUGCUGGUACCUGAGUCUUUGUGAAGUAAUGCAGAAUGAUUUUGUCCUCUCCACACGUUACUCUUUUUCUGUCUUGUUCCCUAACCUUCCCCUGCCCCCCCCUCUCUCUCUCUCUCCUCUCUCUAUUGUAGGCUUAGUUAGGUCUUGUUCUCUCGUUUGUACUAUUGUAUUGUUUGUGUAUUUUUAUGCAGCAUCAAAUAAUAUAUAGUAGAAUUAUUCCCUGUUACGUAAGAUACGUAGGAAAAUAUUGAAAAUUAGCGUGUGUGCAGGCAUAUAUUGCAUUCAUGUUUAUGUCCAUAGUGCAUCUUUGCACUGAACUUACAAUUUUA